AACCAAACUGAGUUGCUUUGGAACAAGGGUGACCUGGUUCCAGUGUGGCGUGGCUUUAUUAAGUCACAUGCAGUGCCGCUGCACUAAGUCGGUCGAAGGUCUUAGGAGACUGGUGGAUUAAUCCCAGGGUCAGAGCUUAUGGGUUGUCGUUCCUUGUUCUUACAGAUAUAUAACAAUAUAUGUAUUACGACUUCAGCAAGUUGGCCAUUAUGUCACUACAGACAUACACCGAUUGAAAGGAAUAACAUUAGCUUUUGAGACGCUCAGUUAGGCGCUGUACACAAAGGAUAUUUCUUCACUGUGCUUUUGAUAGUUCGAAACAUUUUUGGCGAAACAAUUAACUGAAUUACUGUUAAUUUUACUUUUAUCUUUUUAAUUUUUGUUCUUAAUAUUUUAUGAAUCAACGAAAUUUUCAGACGUGAUUUUGAUUGCAGAAGCAAACUUAAUCAGAGAAGAAAUUGAAAGUAAAUUAAUAAAUUAAAUACAACAUAAAAGGACGAUAGAGAACAAACAUAAAAAUCUCCCAAGAACAAAAGGACCAACAUUUCAACUUGAUGGAAGUCUUUUCCUUCGUUGGGGACAUAUCGUUCUCGUAUUUAAAUUGAAGCAUUCUCCCCGAGAAUAUCUCUAUCAGCAGUCUUAGAGAAGCGAAAUGCCCAAAAGCUUUCUUCUCUGCCCGAAUCGGAAAAAAGACCUGGAGGCCUUUAUACGAGAAGAGCUGAACGGAGACAGCAAAGAUGCACACACAGAGUCUUCACUUUCUCGGAAAGGUCAGUGUAAAGUGUCACUGAUUCCUGACGGUUAUAAACUGGCAGUAGACAGGGUUUCGGACAGUUCUGAAAACACAGAUAACAAGAACGGAGUUAAAACCGAAGCACUAUGGUCUUUGCCUGCUUCAAAAUCGUCUUCACCGGAAUCGUCCGCUUCUUCUGAUCGGGACUCCAUUCCAAGCUCGACUUACCGACAUCUGACAAGCCUGUCCGACACUUUGGAUGAUCAGGCAUCCCUUCGACAUCGAUCCAUUGCCCAGCCGACGGUGGUCCACCCAGUGCGGUCGUUACCCUUACCCCCAAACUCAUCUAUUUUGCCUACUCUACCUGGAAGCAACCUAUCCACUGCGCAAAGUUUUCUGCUAGAGAAGACACUUUUGAGUUACUCUUCACCUUCAACAAUAAACUCAAACGAACAACAACAGCAGCAGCAACAGCAGCAGCAGCAGCAACAACAGCCGCAGCAACAACAGCAACAGCACAGUUCUCUUCUACAUUCGCCCUUGACUUCCGCUUUUGAUGUACUACCGCGUGGAGCACGCAGGAGCAUGCAUGAUUUCCGGGAGGGGAGUCUGUCUUUGAGCAUGGGACAGAACUCUCUGGAUGCAGGUAGCUGCAGAAGACGUAGCUCAGGGGACAUACUCGUUCCUCAGCUUUCUGCGCAGAGAAGACACUUAGACAACAUGGCUCUGGGUUUAGUCAAGCGAAAGCCAAGCCCUAUAGAAACACAGGCAAAGAGACAUUGUUCGGGUACCGGUAUCAUUUACCCGAGCCCUAUCGAAGACAGAACUUCAAGACGACUUUCCAACAUAGAGCCGAAGCUAUGUGGAUUUCGGGAAUUCCCUGUGGUAGAGGGAAGCCCCCAUAGAAGACCAGGUAUAGAACAUAGUCUCGGGGGCUUCCGAGAAUUUCCGGUAGCUCAACAAACUUUGUCUCAUCUUUUCCCGUUUGUGUAUCCAGCUCCUCAGACUCACCUACCAGCAGAACACAACAGUUCAACGUCGCCUUUGCUCGUCGACUCCAGCAUCCCCUUUACGACGUAUUUGCACAACUUGACACGCGCUUUGCGUGAAUCUGCUGCUUCUAAAAGCACCGUAAGUUUAGAUGGUGUUCAAACAGAACGAAAAUACACCGUAGCAAAAGCGGGGGAAGAAAAAAACGAAUCUGACAUUCAAAUAGAACCUGAUAGUUCUUCUUCCUCAAACAAUGACGGAUCACCCGUACACCUCAAAAGAAAGUAUGACGCUCUGAAUGAAGAACCCGAAGAAGCAGAAGAAGACGAAGAAGAAGAGCUUGUAGACUCAGACAGAUACCAAAAAGAACAUAAUGACGUUAUCAAAGAAAACAAACUGCUAGUGUCAAAAACUAUUUCCUAUGCAGAAGAUGACGUUGUUCGUGUGGUCAAUAGUGACCACCAUUCUGUACAUAAAACUCGUCGACUGCCCACGCUGACCAUUCCAAAGCCAGCAGAGAGUUUCCCUGGUCUUCUCGCGGAAGACGGCAGUAAAUGUUACUCCGCACCGAUCUUUGGGGACACGCCCCUGGCUGUGACGUCACCCGGACACCCUGGUCUGCACGCACAUCCAGGUCAAGGGUUGAGUUUGUCAGGCUCUGGUUUGUCGUUGCGUCAUCCGGGAACUCAUUUACAUCCUCACUACCCUGUUCCGAAUAUGUACCGAGAUGUUUUUCAUCCUCAAAGAACGGUAUCCUCCUCCUCUUCGUCGCCAUCCUCACCUCCUUCCUCGUCAUCGUCCACCCACCACCUGGCCCUCACCAGUCCUCUGACAGGAGGGAUUCCGCCAGUAGGUUUCAACCCUCUGGCAAGCCCUGUGAACGGGGUGUUUCAUCCGGCCUUCCUAGGCCUGGGGGGUCUGGGGGGCCUGGGGAUCCGCAGACCGUCCGUGGAAAAACCGCCACCCGUGAAGAAGUACAAGUGUGACGUCUGCCAAAAGGCUUUCUCCAGAAGCAAUACUCUCGUCACUCACAAGGUAGGCAGCAAUGUUACAUGA